AUGGAAGCCUUACGGCACUGUUACCAAAUGUCGAGAAAAUCGUGCGAGGCGGGAGGUGCGCGCGGAGCCUGCCUCUGGGUACAAGAAUGCAACCGAUUGGGCGGGCGGCAUGCCGGCGUUUGUGUCGACCGGUUCAUGUUCGGUUCCUGCUGCAUAAUGUCAGAGAAACCACUGAACCUAGAAGAAUCUCAAACACCAGUCACAGUCACCGAUAGGCCGUACUCGUCGCCAUCUAGCGGCAUGCAUAGCACAACAAAUAAGCCGUAUGAGGCUUCCACACAAACCAUAGCGCGGCCCAACUGGCAAACACCAAGGCCGUCGUUCAUGACCAAACCGAUAGAUGGCGCUCCCACGUCAUACAGCUACAGACCGCCAGAAAUAAACUUACCUUUAUUAGACAAUUUAGACGCGAGUAGCGAAAAAAAUAGUGAUAUAGUUAAUAAAAUACCUUAUAACAGUGUAAAUAAGUACCAAAAUGUAAAUAGGCCAAAUGGCGAAGAAACUAGUCCCAACAAUAAGAUUUCGUCUAGUCUUAGUAUAAUACCGGGCGCACGGCCUAUGGCUAUCUCUGAACAGCAUGCGGAAAACAGUAUUUCUUCAGCGCAAUUCAUGUCAAGACCAAACAACUUGAACACAAUACACUGGCAAGCGACUACCGAGCCUGCGUUCAUUACCAAACCGCGUCCCUCCAACUGGGAAAAGCCGGCUGGAAAGCCGAAGCCGACGAAGAAAUUUACAACGACGACGAGUAAACCUCACAAGAACUACAUGAAACCGAAGGAACCCAUGAUUUUAAUUAAUAAAACUGAGGAAUCGACGCCUGCCUCCAUUCAGACUACAGCAGCUACGGAAAGCGUUGAAUGCGGCGUAACCGCGAUGUGGCCUCGGCCAGAAACUCGUAUUAUGGGUGGGAAGGAUUCAAGCUUUGGAAGAUGGCCAUGGCAAGUGUCAGUUAGAAGAACAUCCUUCUUUGGGUUCUCGUCAACUCACAGAUGUGGUGGAGCCAUUAUUAACGAGGGCUGGAUAGCCACAGCUGGACAUUGCGUCGACGAUCUUCUAACAUCUCAAAUAAGGAUACGAGUGGGAGAAUAUGACUUCUCAUCGAUAUCAGAACAGUACCCUUUCGUGGAAAGAGGAGUAGCUCGCAAAGCUGUCCAUCCGAAGUACAACUUCUUCACAUAUGAAUACGAUUUGGCUUUAGUCAAGUUGGAGUCGCCAGUUCAGUUUGCUCCUCAUAUAUCCCCGAUAUGUCUGCCAACUUCUGAUGAUCUACUGGUUGGUGAGAAUGCUACAGUGACGGGCUGGGGAAGGUUGUCAGAAGGCGGUGUUCUACCGUCAAUUUUGCAAGAAGUACAAGUACCGAUAGUGUCAAAUGAGAGGUGCAAGUCCAUGUUUUUGCGUGCGGGACGCCACGAAUUCAUUCCCGACAUAUUCCUGUGCGCUGGUCACGAGAGGGGGGGCCACGAUUCAUGUCAAGGUGAUUCUGGAGGACCGUUACAAGUAAAAGGCAAAGAUCAACGAUACUUUCUAGCCGGCAUCAUUAGUUGGGGUAUUGGAUGCGGAGAGGCGAAUCUUCCGGGAGUCUGCACAAGAAUAUCCAAGUUCGUGCCUUGGAUCCUGCAGACAGUAAACUCUUAAAGGAUGGACCUAGUGUAACUGUUGUGUUCAUUAUAAAAUAUCAUGUUUAUACAUACAGUGUGUGUGACAGUGAUGUAUAUGCUAGAGAUACGACCGAAAAGACAUUACGAAUUGGAACACGCAAGUGCUGUGAAGGUACCUUCAAAAAUGUUGAUCAGAUUCAACAUUUUCUGAGGCGUUUUAUUUUAUUUAUAACAUCCAGAUUUUAUACGGAAAUUGCGAAAAUAUAAUACAACGUAAAAUUCUGUGUAACAAUCUAAUCGACGCUUUGACAGCUGAUACUUAUAAACGCCCUGCAAACUGAUUUAUUAGGCUUAGGAAUUUCUGCCUGCCGCAGCUGUAAUCUUAAAGUAAUGACUGAAGGCAACCGUGAACCGCAGACCACAAUCGCGAGCAAACUGCAGAUAAUGUUGGUCCUAUAGUUUUGUGUGAUAUUUCGGUGACAAAU